UUGGAGGUGGAGGAAAGCCGGAGUACCCGGAGAAAAACCACCGGCCUACGAAUCAGCCAUGAAUGCCGCCAUGAUGUCAGUCGUCAUCAUAGUGAUGUUAACCAAUCAGAUUUCGGCCAACUGUAUGAAGAGUAUACCUGGACCAAGACCUUAUGGAUCACGGGGUCCAUUAGUGUGUGACUUUCGGAACAAGCUUUACAGUCCGGGAGAUAUCUGGUUAGAAGAUCCAUGCAUGAAUUGUACAUGUGAUGAUACUGGAUCUUAUGAAUGCUGCGGAUAUGGGCUAUUGGCUGGUCCGGGACUUUUCGUAAUAGGUUGCGAUGUAAAUCGAAUUGAUUGUCACACCGGUGAGCUUGUUGAUAGUGACGGACCAGGAUCAUGUACCGAGGCCGGACGUCUAAUACAAGUACCUUAAGACAAAAUCAAGAUCGUACGCGGUAGUCUCCACAAGAAAAAAAUACAAAUUCUUAAUGUUUGCAGUAAAUUGUGUUUGAAAUAUUUCUUUAAAUCAAAUAAAAUCAAUAUUUUUUUCAUUAAAAAUUUGCAAAAAAAAAAUGCUAUGUGAACAUUCAUCAUCAUACCCUUUUAGGCAAACACAUAUCGCUGAUAAUGAAUGACGGCGAAUCGUUAAUAUUUCACGAUUUAUUUCUUCGGUAAGGAUCUUUCAAAAAAAUCAUUUCUGCUCGAUUUUUGCUAUGAAAGUUUUAUUUUUCAAUGUUAUACAAGAACUGCUUAUCGACGAAGGCGGAAUUUUUAAGGGGAUUCGACACGAUCAGAAAAUAAUAAAAUAAUUAUUGUCAUGAAAA